AUGCUAAGCUUGGUGUUUUUUCAUCGGCAGGAUCUGAGGCCGCUGUACGCAGGGCGAUGUCAGUACUACUCCAAGAGUACGACCCCACCAGAGGCAAUCUGUCACCCACAGCGCCGUGCACCCUGCACGCCGAAAAUAAAAACCAACACCUGCUUCUGCUGUGACCUGUACAACUGUGGAAACAGAGUAGAGAUUUCUGGAGGCUACUAUGAAUACAUUGAUGUCAGCAGCUGCCAGGACAUCAUCCACCUUUACCACUUGCUUUGGUCAGCCACGAUUCUGAACAUAGUGGGGCUAUUCCUAGGGAUCAUUACAGCAGCGAUACUUGGAGGCUUUAAAGACAUGACUCCUUCCCUCCCUACGCUGAACUGUACGGUUGAAAACGCACACCCUUCAGUGUCCUACUACUCGAGGCCACAAGUGACAUCUUACAACACCUACUACCACAGCACUCCUCACCUGCCUCCCUACUCUGCGUACGACUUUCAGCAUUCCAGCGUGUUUCCAGCCUCCACUCCUUCUGGCCUCUCCGAUGACCCUCAGUCGGUGUCGCCAUCUCCCAGCUACAUGUGGUCCUCUAAUGCACCGCCACGUUACUCACCACCGUAUUUUCCGCCUUUUGAAAAGCCACCACCUUAUACACCGUAAACAAUGUGAGAAAGAAGAAAAAAAUAUUUGCCAUUGAAAUAAUUGUGAACAUUUUGUAUUUAUAUUUUACUGUGGGAGGGAGCAGGAGGAUAGAUAUAGAAGAUAAUUGCAAAUACCAAUAUUAGAUUGAACUGUUCUUUCUUGCGAGACUUACUUGAGAGGUUUAACGAUGGAGUGUGAGGAAGGGGACAUACUGCUGAUGUUUUGCAGUGUCGGUGAGUAGCGAGUAACCUAAAUUCCAGUCUCCUCGUUUUACCACAAGGUUCAUGUAGUCCUUGG